CUCUGUCUAAAGCAAAUCAAGAAAGAAGAAGAACAAAUAAGGAAGAAAAUAAAUAAUAUCAAAAAAGACGUCAAAUCUGAAAAUUCAAGAUCCAAAUGGAUGAUUCAAGAAAGGAUAGUAAUAAAACAGUAAUCAAACCUUCUGCUAUACCUAGACUACUCCCAUCGUCAUCUGAUUUGAAGCAAAAGAUUGUGACAACUAGAAGAGAAAGUAAUGAAAACGAAGAGGAAUUGAUAACAAAUCAUAUAAAUUACUCUUCUUCUUCUAAAUUACAAAACCCCAAAAAACCAUCAACACCCAAACAUUUCAUGUCACCAACAAUCUCUGCUGCAUCAAAGAUUUCUACUCCAAAAAAGAAGAUUCUGAUGGAAAGAAACGAUUUUUCUUCCUCUGAAACAUCAUCAACAACAACCCAUGUUUCAAAAAACCCAAAUCUUGAUUCAAAAACCCCUAACUCUUCAUCUCAGAUAGGAUUACCCCCAAAAAUUCUAGAUUUUUCAGUACCCCCAAAUCUUCAAUCAUCUCAGACUACACCUAUUUCUUCAAAAUUGACUGAUUCAGAAGAAACCCCUUAUGAUCCAAAAACAAAUUUCUUAUCCCCAAGACCCAAAUUUCUUCGCUUUAACCCUAAUCGCAGAAUGGAAAUACUUAAACGAAGAGAGGAAGAAUUGAAACAGCAAGCAGAACAAUCUUGUUCUGAUGAACAAGAAUCUGAUGAUCUCUCUUCAUCAUCUCAAGGAGAUGAGUCUGGUUUAAGUAGUACUACUAGUGAAGAAGAAACAAUCACAAAGAAGGGUCCUUCUGAACAUGCUGAAAGUGAAGUUGAAAUCGAAGAAGAAGAAGAUGAGGAAGUGGAAGAAGAAGAAGAAGAAGAGGUGGAGAAGAAUGGGUUCCUCUGGAAUUUGUAUCAGGUAUUGAAAUUUCUUCUCCUUGUUGGUUUUGUGGGUUUUUCUACAUCUUACAUAUCUUCAAUGAAUGUCGCAAACCUUCAAUUACAACCUGUAUGUGAUGUUAAACAAGGAUUUAAGAUCUUUGAAAAUGGUUUCUGUCCAUCUGGUCUGGAGAAAUCUGUAUUGUGGAAUGUUAGUAGUAACCCAGAAUUGGUAAUGAACAAGGCAUCAAUCAUAAAGGAAGUAGAAUUGGAAAAACCUGUGGAAAUUCCUGCUCAAAUUGAAGAUGAGAUUCUAAUUGGAAUGACCCAAGUUUCAUUGGAGAGUGGUGGUGAAGAAGAUGAUAAGUUGGUGUUGUCAGCUGAAGAGGAAGUGGUUGAAGAUGAAAAUGUGAAGCCUGGGGAGGUUGAAAUUUCUGAUCAGGUGGUUGAGGAUGAAAAUGUGGAGUCUGUGAGUUUGUCUAAUCAAUUGUCUGAGGGGAAUGCAGAAGUUGCUGAGCAAUUGGAAGCCUCAGAACCUAUUUCAGAUGAGGUUGUUGCUGAGGAAUUUGAAGCCCCAGAGCCUAUUUCUAAUGCAGAAGUUGUUGAGGAGUUUGAAGCUCCAGAAGAAACUGUUUCUAAUGAGGAUGUAGCUUCAGAGCUUGUUUCUUAUGAGGAUGUUACUGAGGAUCCAGAAGCUUCAAAACCUGUUUCUAAUGAAGUUGCCGAGGAAGUUGAAGCCUCAAUUCCUGUUUCUAAUGAAGUUGCUGGAGAAGCUGAAGCCUCAAGGCGUAUUGCAAAACUUGAAUUAGGCGUUGGAGUUUCUGUCAUUUCUGCAAUCCUGGCAUCUCUGAUCAUUGUUUUCCGUCAUCUAAAGCAUCAAAGACAAGCCGUAAAUGAAUGUGCACCAACCAUGGGACCACCAGCUGAGGCUUUUCUUACUGAGGAGCAAGAAACCAUCAUUGCUGAAACACUUGAGAAGGCUAAAAAGUGCUAUCUUCCUAAGAAAGAUGAGGUUGCCGCCGAGUCUUAUAUUGAUUCGACAUUUCACUCUAGUGGAAGGGUUUCGGAAGAUUUAUACCGAAGUAGAGCAGCGCCAUCAGUACAAUUGCUUGGUGAUUUCAUUGUAGAAGAAUCAGGGAGCUCUCUCAGAAGCUGCAGUGUAUUGAAUUCAAAGGCAAUUGAGGAUGGGGAAGAGAGCAAGUUUUCUGUGUCUAUGUCAGAUAUGAAUUCAAGGGGCAGGAGGAGGGGAGCUUCCUCAGUUAUGCAGGAGGAUGUUUCUGAAUUUUCUAAUGCUGACUCCUAUUCAUAUGGCCGCUUCACAACUCAAGAGAAGUUGACAAGGAAAGAUGGGGGAGAUUUUACAACUCCAGUCAGAAGAUCAAGUCGAAUUCGAACAAAAUCAGUCACGUCUUCUUGAACUGGGUUUGGUUUACCUAGUGCAACUGCAACGAAAACAGCUUCCUGUUGUUUAAUGUUGUUUAGGAUACUAGACAAUUUAUUUUUUAGCCUUUACCUUGUUUUUUCAGUUUAUGUCUGUGUUAGGGGAACUUGAUCUAAUAUUUCAGUAUGAACUGCUGCUCAUUUUGUACCUUAACUCCACCACUAAUGUGUAUCUUUGUUUCUCUUUUA